AUGGGUUCGAGGGUAAAGGGUUUGUUACUAAUGCGUGGGAAGAUACCAAAUAAGAAGUCAAAUCCUCCAGCAAGAGUUGAAGACAGGAUCAGUAAAUUACCAAAUGAAGUACUUUGUCACAUCCUUUCGUUCCUUCCAACAAAAUAUGCUGUCAGGACCAGCAUUCUCUCUACAAGAUGGAAGAACGUAUGGGCUUUUGUUCCCAACCUAGACUUCAAAUAUGUAGAAGCCAAGUCUUAUUUUUUCAACAAAAAGAAAGACAAGUCUACCUCUGCUCGUUUCUUCACGUUUGUUGAUCGUGUGAUUUCCGUUCGUGGUUCAGCUGAUAUUAAAAAAUUCUGCCUUCAUUGUUCCUGUGGUAGUAAGGAUUUCGCUCGUAUUGUUGGUUGGAUUCAAACUGCCAUCCAGCAUAAUGUCGUUGAACUUGAUCUUUGUUUUGAAACAACAGAUAAAGACCUGGCUUUUGAGUUGCCCCAAUUCAUUUUCAUGUGUAAAACACUGGUGGUUUUGAAGUUGAGGUCAAACUGUAUUACCAAUGCUCCUCUUGCGUCAGGGUGUUUCCCAAGUCUCAAGAUUCUCCAUGUCAGAGUUGAAUAUCCUGUUAAUGAUUCGAUGGAAAAGAUUUUUUCUUGCUGUCCUGUACUUGAAGAUUUGACUAUAGAUGGACUUCUUGGAUCGGAUGAUGUUUUGAAUUUCAAGAUAUCUGCUCCUGAACUAAAGAUUUUAAAAUUGAUCUUGCCGCAUAGAGACUGGGUUGGCGAUCAUGAUCAUCAGUACUGUUUUCUUAUUAAUUGUCCAAAGCUUGAAAACAUUGAUCUCAAGCAGGACAUUUUAUCGAAAUAUUUAUUCAAGAAUGCAAAAUCCCUGGUCAAAGCCAGUCUUAAUCUCUUUACCCAUGCUGUGGCGGAUCUACAGCCCGACUUUUCUAACCGUGCAAAUGCACUUCUGGCUGGAAUUUCCAAUGUUAAAUAUCUUUCUCUAUCAGCUCAUGUUUGGGAAGCUUGUUGUGUCCCUGCUUUUGAUAAUUUGAACGAAUUGAAGCUGGUUCUUCAUGAUUGCUACAACUGGGAUUUGCUAACAGAGUUGCUCAAGAGAUCACCUAAUCUGGAACAUCUAUUCUUAGAACAUGAAAACGAUGAAGAAUGUAUAUGCUCGGACGAAGAAUACUCAGAGGAUGGAUCCUCAAAGGUAGAAUACUCAGAGGAUGGAUGCUCCAAUGCUGAAAAAUGGAAUACCCCAGACUUUGUGCCUAUAUGUUUGGUGUCACACCUCAAGACUAUCUCCAUAAGGGGAUUCCAAGGGCACCUGCAUGAGAGGGAAGCGGCAAAGUAUUUGUUAGAGAAUGGUGAAGUUCUGCGUAAGAUGACUAUUUAUACAGGUGAUUUUCUGCCUGCAAAAGAGAAGAUAUACAAGGAAUUUUCAAUGUUUCAAAGGGGUUCAAGGACUUGCCAGGUAGAAUUUAUCGAAGAAGCAGGUUCUAGCUUUGACAACGAUUAUGUUUACUAA